AUGAAGGACGGUGGGGACUCCAAGGACCAGCAACUCAUGGUGGCUCUCAGGGUUCGACCCAUCAGUGUGGCGGAGCUGGAGGAAGGAGCCACCCUCAUUGCCCACAAGGUGGAUGAGCAGAUGGUGGUUCUCAUGGACCCCUUGGAGGACCCCGACGACAUCCUGCGGGCGCACCGCUCCAGGGAGAAGUCUUACCUGUUCGACGUGGCCUUCGACUUCACCGCCACCCAGGAGAUGGUGUAUCAGGCCACCACCAAGAGCCUCAUCGAUGGCAUCAUUUCCGGCUACAACGCCACAGUGUUUGCCUAUGGCCCUACAGGCUGUGGGAAAACCUACACGAUGCUGGGUACUGAUCACGAGCCUGGUAUCUAUGUCCGGACGCUCAACGACCUCUUCCGUGCUAUUGAGGAAACCAGCAACGACAUGGAAUAUGAGGUGUCUAUGUCCUACUUAGAGAUCUAUAAUGAGAUGAUCCGGGACUUGCUGAACCCCUCCCUGGGGUACCUGGAGCUGAGGGAGGACUCCAAAGGUGUGAUCCAGGUGGCUGGAAUCACAGAGGUGUCCACCAUCAACGCCAAAGAGAUCAUGCAGCUGCUGAUGAAGGGGAACCGGCAGAGGACCCAGGAGCCCACGGCCGCCAACCAGACGUCCUCCCGCUCCCACGCCGUGCUGCAGGUGGCCGUGCGCCAGCGCAGCCGCGUCAAGAACAUCCUGCAGGAAGUGAGACAGGGCCGGCUCUUCAUGAUUGACCUGGCGGGCUCCGAGCGAGCCUCCCAGACCCAGAACCGGGGACAGCGCAUGAAGGAGGGAGCUCACAUCAACCGCUCCCUGCUCGCGUUGGGCAACUGCAUCAAUGCGCUGAGCGACAAGGGCAGCAACAAGUACAUCAACUACCGCGACAGCAAGCUCACCCGGCUCCUGAAGGACUCCUUGGGGGGGAACAGCCGCACGGUGAUGAUCGCCCAUAUCAGCCCAGCCAGCACCGCCUUCGAGGAGUCUCGGAACACCCUGACCUAUGCUGGCCGGGCCAAGAACAUUAAGACCAGGGUGAAGCAGAACCUGCUCAACGUCUCCUACCACAUCGCCCAGUACACCAGCAUCAUCGCCGACCUGCGGGGCGAGAUCCAGAGGCUCAAGUGCAAGAUGGCCCAGCAGGCGGGACGGGGCCAAGCCCGAGGGCGGCUGGAGCUGGCUGACAGCCAGCAUGCUCGAGCCGAGGUUCAGCUGCACAGCCGGCAGGGAGAGCAGGCCGAGCUGGAGCAGGUCCGCGAGCAGCUCAUCAGCACCUUCCAAGAACAGAUGGAUGUGCGCCGGCGCCUGCUGGAGCUGGAGAACCAUGGCAUGGAGGUCCAGAUCGACACUUCCUGCCACCUGCUCACCAUCGCUGGCUGGGAGCAUGAGAAGUCACGCAGGGCCCUCAAGUGGCGGGAGGAGCGGAGGAAGGAGUCCUACUCGAAGGAUGACAGUGAGAAGGACUCGGACACAGGUGACGACCAGCCAGACACCCUGGAGCCGCCUGAGGUGGCCGCUGCCCGGGACAGCAUCGCCGCCCUGGUGGGGGAACAGAGGAAGCUGCGCAAGGAGAAGCGGCGCCUGGGCUCGGAGGAGCAGCGCCAGGUGCUCGGCCUGCUGUGCCGCGUGCACGAGCUGGAGGUGGAGGUCACCGAGAUGCAAUCGCACGCGCUGCUCCGGGACGGCGCCUGGCGCCACCGCCGCGAAGCCGUGCGCCGCCUGGAGCAGCACCGGAGCCUCUGCGAGGAGAUCAUCCAGGGCCAGCGUCAGAUCAUCGAGGACUACAACCUGACGGUACCCCCGCACCUGGAGGCCCUCUAUGAAGUGUACCUGCGCGAGCUGGAGGACGGCAGCCUCGAGCGGGCCGCCAUCGUGGACCGCGUGGCCUCCAGGGCCCUGCAGGACAGUUCUUUGCCCAAAAUUACCCCAGCAGGAGCCACACUGACCCCAGACUCUGAUCUGGAGAGUGUAAAGACAAUAAGCUCCGAAGCCCAGCGCCCACAGAACAGCACCCUCCCACCUCUCUGCACGGACAGUGAAGCCCACCACAUAUUCAAGGCCAAUUCUCGAGCCUGGCAGGUGAAAGGCUCUUCUGUGCCCACUCCACCACCCAUCCAGAUCGGCAGCCUAGUGGCCCAGGAGCCCCCUCCGGACAGCCUGGGCAGCCGGAUCAACUCUUCUCCAGAUAGCAGCGAGAAUCUGUCGGAGAUUCCCUUAUCCCACAAAGAGAGGAAAGAAAUCCUGUCCAGCACCAAGUGCAUCUCAGUGAAGGCUGCCGGCCGUCGAUCUCGGGCCCUGGGCGCAGAAGGGCGCCACCUGCUGGCACCUGCCACAGAGUGCAGCAGCCUGUCCCUGCACUCCCUGAGCGAGGCUGAUGAUGCUCGGCCACCAGGCCCACAAGCCUGCAAACGACCCCCCAGCCCCACGCUUCAGCAUGCUGCCAGCGAGGACAACCUGUCGAGCAGCACAGGCGAGGCCCCUUCCAGGGCCAGAGGGCAUCGAGGCGAAGGCCCAGGGCCCUGGCUGCGAGGCCAGAAGAAAAACCUGGGCAAGAAAAGGGAGGAGUCACUGGAGGCCAAAAGGAGGAAGCGGAGGUCCCUGUCUUUUGAGGUCACAGGCCAUGGGCUCUCUCGCUCCAAGACGCAUCUCCUCAGGGCCCGUCCCUUGGAGGACAUCUUAGACCACAAGAUGCCGGUAUGUGGGCACCCAGCCCCUGGUAUCAGGCAUCUGGGAAAAGUCACCAUGCCUUUGGCCCAAGUCAAACUCUCUCCAAGCCAGAACCCAGGAUCUGGGGAUGCUUCCUCCCUUGCUGGUCCCCCCAACCCAGCUGGCAUUUCCCGGAGACGAGCCGCUCGAGGGCCCAGCCUGCCCCAUGGCUCAAGAAAAGAUGGACACUUCCGGCAUAAUUGA